UACACAUUGAUUGGAUAGAAAGGAGGAAGGGUUUUAACUAAAGUUCGAAGUUUUAAGCUAAGUUCCAUGGAUGCGGUCGUGAAUGGCGUUGGCGUUGGCGUUGGUGUCGGACUUUCCACUCAUCGUCGUCUGUCACGCUUUUCUAGGAAACCUAAUCGUCUCCAUUCGUCUGCUAUCUCCGCCACCAGCAAAUGGGCGGAACGUCUCAUUUCCGAUUUCCAAUUCCUCGGCGACACCAAUUCUCCACCUUCCUCUUCCUCCGCCACACUCACUCCUUCUUUCCCACCUCAACUCGACACUCCUCCAAUAGAACGCCACGUGUCCAUUCCCCUAGACUUUUACCGAAUCCUCGGCGCCGAAACUCAUUUCCUCGGCGAUGGCAUUCGCAGAGCUUACGAAUCCAAAUUCUCCAAACCUCCUCAGUAUGCAUUCAGUAACGAAGCCUUAAUUAGCCGUCGCCAAAUCCUCCAAGCCGCUUGUGAAACCCUAGCCGAUCCUGCUUCGAGACGAGAGUACAAUCAAAGCUUCUUCGACGAUGAGGACUCUUCCAUUCUCACCGAAAUCCCUUUCGACAAAGUUCCUGGAGCUUUGUGUGUGUUGCAGGAAGCUGGAGAGACGGAGUUGGUGCUUCAAAUUGGAGAGGGUUUACUCAGAGAGAGGUUGCCGAAGACGUUUAAGCAAGAUGUAGUGUUGGCUAUGGCGCUUGCUUUUGUUGACAUUUCAAGGGAUGCUAUGGCUUUGUCUCCACCGGAUUUCAUUGUCGCUUGUGAGAUGCUUGAAAGAGCAUUGAAGCUUAUGCAGGAAGAAGGGGCAAGCAGCCUAGCACCAGAUUUACAAGCACAGAUUGAUGAGACACUUGAAGAGAUAACCCCACGCUGUGUAUUGGAACUUCUAGCCUUGCCUCUUGACGACGAACAUCAAGUGCGAAGAGAGGAAGGUCUCCAAGGUGUCCGCAACAUUCUGUGGGCAGUUGGAGGAGGAGGAGCAGCAGCAAUUGCUGGGAGUUUCACUCGUGAAGAUUUCAUGAAUGAGGCAUUCUUGCAUAUGAAAGCAGCCGAACAGGUCGAACUUUUUGUAGCAACACCUAGUAAUAUUCCAGCUGAGAGUUUUGAGGCCUAUGGGGUAGCACUUGCAUUGGUUGCACAAGCCUUUGUAGGUAAAAAGCCACAUCUUAUCCAAGAUGCUGAUAACUUAUUCCAUCAACUUCAACAAACCAAGGUGACAAAUAUGAGGAACCCUGCCUCUGUUUAUCUUCCCAUGGAGAAAAGAGAGGUUGAUUUUGCAUUAGAAAGGGGCCUUUGUGCACUGCUUGUUGGGGAGCUCGAACAAUGUCGAUCAUGGUUGGGGCUCGAUAAUGACAGCUCUCCUUAUCGAAACCCAUCUAUUAUAGACUUUAUUAUGGAAAAUGCAAAGGGUGAUGAAGACAGUGAUCUUCCUGGACUCUGUAAAUUGUUGGAGACAUGGUUGAUGGAGGUGGUAUUCCCUAGGUUUAGAGAUACUAAAGACACAAGUUUUAAGCUUGGAGAUUACUACGAUGACCCCACAGUGCUAAGAUAUCUUGAGAGGCUGGAGGGUGUUGGUCGUUCGCCACUGGCUGCUGCAGCAGCCAUAGCAAAAAUCGGAGCUGAGGCUACUGCUGUUAUUGGCCAUGUCCAGGCUAGUGCAAUAAACGCAUUGAAGAGGGUAUUCCCUGUUGGCUCUGAUGAUAAAAUCUUGACACAUCAAGAAAAUAGCAAUAAGGAUAAUUCCAGCCUUUCUGAAAAUGAGGAUCCUCUGAUAUUAUCAAAUCGGGAUACUUCAGUCAAUGUUGAGGCUUCGGGAAUAAAAAAUACUGCUGAGAUCAAUGAUGGAAAAUUUAUUACGGACGAAAUUAAAAAUGCUAGUGUGCAGAUCAUGUGUGCUGGUGCAGUAAUUGGACUUGUAACUUUAUUUGGUUUGAAGUUUUUACCGGCUAGGAAUGGCUCACCCAUUUUUCACAAAGUGACUGGUUCAGCAAUGGCAUCGGAUAAUGUCGAUUUAGGUCCUGUAGGAGAUGAAGAAUUAGGAGAGCGACUGCCAAAAAUGAAUGCAAGGGUUGCAGAAGCUCUAGUCCGCAAGUGGCAAAAUAUCAAAUCCCAAGCAUUUGGACCUGACCAUUGCCUAGGAAGAUUGCAAGAGGUGUUGGACGGUGAAAUGUUGAAGAUAUGGACUGAUCGGGCAGCUGAGAUUGCAGAGCGUGAUUGGUCCUAUGACUACAACUUGGAGGAUCUCAACAUUGAUAGUGUGACUAUAUCACAGAAUGGGCGGCGUGCAGUGGUGGAAUCAACUCUCAAAGAAUCUGCCCACCUCACUGCCGUAGGUCAUCCACAACAUGCUUCUUCUAACACCAGAACCUACACAACAAGAUAUGAGAUGUCUUUUUCAGGCUCAGAGUGGAAAAUUGUUGAAGGAGCUGUACUCGAGUCAUAAAUAGGGUUUUGUAACUUGUAAGAUAUGUUAGGUUAGUGCAAUUCAAUGUCAUUCCCUCUAGCUUAUCUCCAUUGUCUUGUAUGUACCUGUUGUUGUUUAGUGCAUUUUUCAAGCACUCAUCUAUCAAAUAAUUAUCCAGUUAGAAUGUCAGACCUCUUUUUACUUACAA